AUGAGGACUCCUCAUACCGACAAGUAUGAUGGCGGCCAUGAUUUGGUGGAGUAUGCGACAGGGCAAGGCGGGGACGAUAAACACGAAGAAGUCGAAGUCAGGAUCAUCAACGGAAAUGAAGCCUUCAACGAAGCGAUGAUUAGAGAGCCGCCGCGGCCAUGGACCUGGUCGACGCUCCAACUGUACUGCGCAUGCUUUAUCGGAUUCUUCUGUGCGACGAUGAACGGUUACGAUGGCUCAUUAAUCAACAACCUGCUGGCGAAUCCUGCCUUCCUGGAGUUCUAUCAAGGAGAGAAUGCGGGUAUUUGGGCCGGGAUUGUAACGUCGAUGUACCAGAUUGGUGGUGUCGUAUCGUUACCGUUCGUGGGGCCUUCAGCAGAUACGUUUGGACGCCGAUUUGGCAUGUGGCUGGGAUGUCUCCUCAUUAUUGUUGGAACGAUUAUUCAGGGCGUUGCGACUCAAAAGGAAGGAGUGAAGCAGUUCAUGGGAGGCCGUUUCUUGCUUGGAUUUGGUGUGAACAUCGCGUCGGCCGCGGGCCCGAUGUAUGUGGUCGAGGUUUCACAUCCAGCUUACCGUGGUAUUGUGACCGCCAUAUUUAAUUGUUUCUGGUUCACUGGAUCUAUCAUCGCAAGCGGCGUAGCAAGAGGCGGUGCAAAUUACUCUGGGAAUGAGGGAUGGCAACUGAUCAUCUGGAUCCAAUUGAUGUUUGCCUGCAUCAUCUUUGGCGCCGCAUACUUCCUCCCCGAAUCCCCAAGAUGGAUGUACGUUAACAACAAGCAAGAGCAGUCGAAGGACAUGCUCACCAAGUACCACGGUGACGGAAAUCCGGACAGCGAAUGGGUGAAGCUGCAAUUGAAUGAAUACGAAGAGUUGCUUGAGAUGGACGGAGCAGACAAGCGAUGGUGGGAUUAUCGGGCGCUGUUCAAGAACAGAUCUACUUGCUAUCGACUUUUCUGCAACGUCGCCAUCAGCAUUUUCGGGCAGUGGGCUGGCAAUGCCGUAUUAUCAUACUUCAUGAGCAAAGUCCUAGCCACCAUCGGGAUCACCGGCAAGAUCGGCCAAGCAAACGUAAUCCUCAUCAACAACUGCCAGCAAUUCUGCUGGGCACUUCUCGGCGCCAAUCUCGUGGACCGCAUCGGACGACGCCCGCUCCUCCUCUUCUCAAACGUCGGGUGCUGUUUUGUCUGGCUCGCAAUGACAGUCUCGACGGCCAUCUACACGAUGUCGAUCCCGUCCGAUCCCGUCGCCGCCGCGGAUGCUCCCAUAGGAACGAAUUCCGUCGCAGGUGUGGUGUGCUUGGUGUUCAUCUUCAUCUUUGGGGCCGUGUACUCGAUUGGGUUUACGCCCUUGCAGGCACUGUAUCCAGUUGAGGUUCUGUCGUUCGAGAUGAGGGCGAAGGGAAUGGGGUUCUCGGGUAUGGCUGUUGCUGCUGCUGGCAUGCUAAAUCAAUUCGCAUGGCCCGUUUCAAUGGAUAAGAUUGGAUGGCGAACGUACAUUAUCUUCACCAUCUGGUGCGGGAUCCAAUCCAUCGUUAUCUUUUUCUGGAUCCCGGAGACGAAGAAUCGGACGCUCGAAGAACUUGACGAGAUCUUCAACUCGCCCAACCCCGUAAAGGCCUCGCUCGCGAAGAAGAGACUCGGUUUCGAUGCGUAUGGUGAGGUUGUUAACAUCCAGGAGAUCUGA